GAAGAUUUUACGGCAUUACCGUAAAGCGAGCCGUAUCAGCGACUCAAGAUGGCGGCCCCCUGUGUCACUGCAGCGGGUUACUCCCUUUUCAGGAGCUUUGCGCGACUGCUGCACUCAAGGUUCUUGGCCUCAGCCAGUCAUUUCCAGCAGCAGCAGUCCGGCCUCCACACCACAGAGGCUCUGGAUGCCAAGAACUGGGAGAGGAAGAAUCGCAUCGUUUACCCUCCGCAGCUCCAAGGAGAGCCGCGCAGACCAGCCGAGAUUUAUCACUGCAGAUACCAGAUUAAGUACAGCAAGGAUAAAAUGUGGUAUUUGGCAAAACUGAUAAGAGGCAUGAGUAUUGACCAGGCCCUUGCACAGCUGGAAUUCAGUGACAAAAAGGGGGCAAAAGUUAUUAAGGAGGUUCUCUUGGAGGCCCAGGAUAUGGCUAUAAAAAAUCACAAUGUGGAAUACAAAUCCAAUUUGUAUGUGGCUGAGUCCUUUUCUGGGAAGGGGAUGUAUUUGAAACGCAUCCGGUACCAUGGCCGAGGCAGAUUUGGCAUUAUGGACAAGGUCCGCUGCCACUACUUUGUGAAACUGGUGGAAGGACAGCCCCCCAAAGUGGAGCAGAAGACCAGCUUUGACCAAGCCAAGGAGUACGUCGAGCAGCUGAAGAACCGCACUAUCAUCCACUCAUUAUAGUGCGAACCAGUGUUGACUUGCAGUGAUUGACACAGGAGAUCCAGAAUUCAUUGUUUUGAGACUGAAAGGAAGAUAACCAGAACUUGGGGGAGUGCAAGUCAUCAAAUUGGAGAAAGAUCUUCAUGGCAACUUCAUGGGAGGUCCUCUCUUCACGCAUUUCUGCUCUAACAGAUCAGUAGGUGUCUUUUGUUAAAUUGUUUCAUCUAAAAAUGGUGUUUUGUUAAAUUAAACAGUUUUCACAUCGUUGUGUUCGCCUGCCUGUGUAAAUUUUUAAACUUAUUAAAACUCACAAAUAUGGCUUUAGAGUUUAGUUUUAGCAUCUGUCCCCAAAAAGUUUCCCACCCAUUUACACAUUGGGUCUGGUGGUUCUGUCCAUUAAUGGGUCGUUAAGUACUGCUAAUUGUAAAAACAGGACACCACCCAGGUUAAUUUCAAUAACAUCCU